GACUUCUCAAUUCUGCAAAAACUUUUACUCACUCUCACAGUCACUCACUCAGUCAUGCCUACAAUCCUCUUCCUCUCUUCCACUCCCCAUUUCCCCUCCCAAUAUUCUCACCUCACCAUCUCAUCCUCCUUAAACCCAAAACCUCCCAAAACCCAUAACCCCACUCACUCCUCCAAAUCCAAUACCCCAACCCCAACCCCAACCACCACAAACCCAGAAUUCUCUGUUUCCUCAAACCCACUUUCACAAUCCAAUGCCACCGUUAAAGUUCCCACACCUCCAUGGAUGAAGGGUCCCCUUCUUCUUCAACCCCAUGAAGUUCUCGACCUCUCCAAACUCCACACCAAGAAGAGCUCUAACAAUGAAAGUGUGGAAAAGUCUGAUAAGGCCCUGACUGAGAAAGUUGGUGUCAGAGGCAAGAGAGCGGUGGGAAAGAUCGUAAGGCAAAUUGAAAAGCUUCAAAAAAACGAUCUUUCUGAAGAAACCCAAAUGGGUUCUGGUGAGUUUGGGCUUGAAGUGUGUUUGGAAGGGCUUGGAGAAGAUGUUAGUAGUGGUGAGAGAGUUAUAGAGAAAAUGCCAUGGGAGAAGGAUGUGGAAAAGUUAGUUUUUCGGAGGAUGAAGAAGGAAAAGGUGGUAACUGCUGCGGAAUUGAGGCUUGACAAGGCCUUGCUUGAGAGGUUGAGAGGUGAGGCCGCUAAGAUGAGGAAAUGGGUGAAGGUGAAGAAAGCUGGUGUCACUCAAGGUGUGGUUGAUGAGGUUAGACUGCUUUGGAGGAGGAAUGAGCUUGUUAUGCUGAAAUUCGAUGUCCCUUUGUGCAGGAAUAUGGAUAGAGCUCAAGAAAUCGUCGAGACCAAGACUGGAGGUUUGGUUGUUUGGAGUAAGAAAGAUAAUCUUGUUGUAUAUCGAGGAUGCAAUUAUCAGUUAACUCCGAAGAAAUUUCUAAACACUCGUGCAUGGCUUGCUGGCAGUCGAGAAAUGCCUCUCUACAAAAUGGGUCAGCCACAGUUGGAAAGAAACUCUGAUACUUUUCAAGUUAACUCCGAUGAAAGUGCUGUAGUUGAAAAGAUUUGCAGAAAGGACAGUAAGAGAGAGACUUUGCAUAGUAGCAUCUUUUUAAAUGAAGAUUUGAAUUGCCAAGCAGUACGCGGAUCACUUUAUGAGAGGGAAAUGGACAGGUUAUUGGAUGGCUUGGGACCUCGCUUCAUUGACUGGUGGAUGCGCAAACCUUUGCCAAUAGAUGCGGACUUACUUCCUGAAGUGGUUCCUGGAUUUAGGCCACCAUUUAGGCUUUGUCCACCGCAUACUAGAGCAAAGUUGACAGAUGAGGAUUUGACAUCCUUGAGGAAGCUUGCUCGCGCUUUACCUACUCAUUUUGUCCUUGGGAGAAAUAGAAAACUUCAAGGCUUGGCUGUGGCUAUCUUAAAACUUUGGGAAAAAAGUCUUAUAGUGAAGAUUGCUCUGAAGUGGGGAGUCCCAAAUACAAACAAUGAGGAAAUGGCGUUUGAACUCAAGAUUCUUACAGGUGGGGUUCUUUUGUUGCGUAAUAAGUUUCUGAUAAUACUUUAUAGAGGAAAGGACUUCCUUCCUGGAAGAGUAGCAAAUUUAGUAUCGGAGAGAGAAACUAAGCUCAAAGGAUUCCAACUUCAUGAAGAAGGUGCACGUCUUAAAGCGAUUGAAACUAUUUGUUUAGAUAAUGGCCCAACAGAAAACACUAGCAUGUCUGGAACUUUAUCAGAAUUCCAGGAUAUCCAAACAGAGUUCAGGGACCUGAAAAAUGGAAAUUCAGAUGUUGAAAUUAAAUUUGAAGCUGAAAAACAAAGAUUAGAGAGUGAGCUAAGAAAGCAAGAGCACAAGCUUUUUAUUCUUAACAUAAAGAUUGAUAAGUCAAUGAAGGAGUUAUCAAAGUUGAAUGCUGCAUGGGCACCAGCAGAGCAGGAUGCAGACCAGGAAAUGAUGACAGAAGAAGAGAGACUGUGUUUCCAGAAGAUAGGACUGAAGAUGGAUAGUUGUUUAGUUCUUGGUAGGCGUGGGGUCUUUGAUGGUGUUAUAGAAGGCCUGCAUCAACACUGGAAAUACAGAGAAGUAGUCAAGGUGAUUACAAUGCAGAGAUUGUUUCAUCAGGUCAUUUACACUGCUAAACUGCUUGAAGCAGAAAGUGGUGGAAUUCUUGUUUCGGUGGACAAGCGAAAAGAAGGUCAUGCUAUAAUUAUUUACCGUGGGAAAAACUACCGACGGCCUCUAAAACCAGAGCACAAGAAUCUUCUGACUAAGAGAAAAGCAUUACAUAGAUCCAUUGAGAUGCAGAGACUUGGAUCGCUGAAGUAUUUUGCUUAUGAGAGACAGCGGGCAAUCACAGAUUUGAAACUCAAAUUGGCAGAGCUGCAGGAAAGCAGGUUGGUCGAUCAAGGAGAAUGUUAAGUUUUACAAAACCUUAGGUAAUGGAUUUAUCAUGCCAUGAUUCCUCUUAAAACGUUCAUCUUGUUUGGGAGAUGAAGGAUUUGGACGUGCCAUUGGAGGGGAAUUCCCCAUCUGCUACUCACCAAAUUACUUUGCAAGUCUCUUUUCUGGAAUGGUUAGAUCCACAAUAUCAAUCAUCAUGCCACUUCGGUAGCCGAGGGUUGUCAAAAACUUUAAACAAUCUGGAAAAAAGAAAAGAACAGAGUUCUAUGUACCUUCUGGACAUCUGAAAGUUUAAGGCUGAUCAGGGCAAAAGCAGAUGGGUCGGAAGUAACUGGUUAUAUCCACAAUGCCCUCCAGAGCUGACACAUUCUGAACACGCUGAAUGAUCAAUAAUCCACUGGACCUCAAAGCCUUAAUUCAGAACUUCAGUAAGAGAUGAAACAUUAUCUCUAAUGGCUUAUGCUGCUGUUUGAAGUACUGGGACAGUGAUACUGAAAUUGCAUGUUCUAUUGUUUUCAACAUUUAGAUUGGAGCCAAUUGUAUAAAAGCCAGUUUCAGUGGAUGAAUCAUUAUUAUGAAAGCUGAACGCAUUGGAGGCCAAGGCGGGAGUGACUGAUGAACAACCAUAGAACAAGGUUAAGGAUUCCAAAGUGAGGAGCAUAGCUGAAAAGGGAAUCCAUCCUGACACACAAACUUGAAUUCUGGAAUGCCAUAGUAUGAGGGUAAGGGAUCUCCCCAGAAAGGGUAGCUACUGUUGUGGAAGCCUCCACACUUGAAUGGCUGACUACAAGCAGUGUAGUCCUUAUCGACUGCAAAUAUAGAUACCAGAAGAAUGAAAAAGAUGGUGAAGCUAAGAUGAAGAAGCUAGUGAAGCAUGGGGCUGAAUUCAUUGACUUCUAACAUUGUAAGGAAUAAGCAAUAAAAGAGUGAAUAUAACAUGGUCUACAACAUCAUCUUUGGUAGCGGGCUCUUUUGUGGAAGGUUGGUUGCUAGACUCUCUCUCUCUUUUUCAUUGCCAAAAAGUUUGACCAAUGAAUUAUUGUAGACCAUGAAAGAUAUGUCAGCAAAAAAUAACUUACCUACUAACAAUUGAAAGAUAUGUGUUAUGGGUAGUUGUUUUUGCA